CUAAUCGGCAUUUUCAUCUUGCCGCCAUACGACAGCUGUUUAUUUUCUAACCUAUUCUUAACCUAACGUUCAAUCCUUCGCACGUGUCGAUGAUGCCGAAGAUUCAGGACUGGUGUCACUAAUUCUGAUUGAUCUAACAAGGCACAUUUCGCUUAUCGCUCAUUUGUCCUUGUUUAACAUUUGACAAAGAAAAUGGACGAGGAAAACAAUAAUGCAAUCAAUUUUCGACAAAAUAAUACGAUCGAAGUCUCGCUGUUGGCUAUUGUUAAAUUUAAUCAAGUUAAUGGGAAAUGAUGACACCGGGUCUCGGCGCUUUACAAAUAUCGCGCACGUACGCCCCGACCUUUGAACUCACUCGGGUGUAACUUCACGCGACAGAACAUUCGUGACAUUGAAAUCACUUUAAAAAGUUCAUCGAAGUAGAACUUUUCGCACCUCCUAUCCUUCCUCUUUUUCUCUCCAGUACCAAAAAUAUAGAUCCAUUUCGUUUUAAAGUAUAUGGCGCGGUGCAGCUACAGUGCAGAGGGCUCGGCACGCAGCUGCAGUGCCGGCGAUGCAAUCCGGAAAAAAACGAUCGAUGUCGGACGAGAGGAUCCCCUAUCGAUCUCGAUGGAAGGGAGAUAAAAGUGGAAAACAAAUGAAGAUCGUAACGCGUGGAAGUUGCCGAGCGCUUCGACAAAAUAAAGCGGCGGGAUAAAGGUGUCGAAAACUCGCUCUCAAUCUCGAUUUAUCUCGAGUCUUUUCAAAUAACGUUUGGUUAUCGCGGAUCGUUCGUCUUAUCUCUGAAGUAGGCGAUAGUAGGCGAGUCCACGCCGCGCAAGGGUGUUCCCGUAUCCCGCACGUCGUUGUUCGUUGUCGCCUGUCCGUUCACGCAUCUCGAGUAUGCAUCGAACCAGUCUGUACGAUCUCGCGGCGAGACUUCCGUGGAGAAGAUCCGCCGCGCCGGCGAUCCAUCGGCGAUCGAUUACCUACGGGUCGGACGUCGCGGCGGCCCGUAAGCACGGUCUACCCAUCGUGGCACUGGAAUCGACGAUCAUCACGCAUGGCAUGCCCUAUCCCGAUAACUUGAACACCGCGCUGAGAGUCGAGGACGCAGUCAGACAGCGAGGUGCUGUACCUGCAACAAUAGGAAUCAUAGAUGGCACGAUACACGUAGGCUUGAACAACGAGCAGUUGGAGAUCCUGUCCAAAGCAGACUCUGCAAAGACCAUGAAGUGUUCACGCAGAGAUAUCUCUUUCAUUCUGUCUCGUGGAUUGAAUGGUGGUACAACAGUCAGUGGCACAAUGUUAAUUGCACACGCAGCUGGUAUUCCAAUAAUGGCAACAGGUGGUAUCGGUGGUGUUCACAGAGGAGCUGAACUGACUCUUGACAUCAGUGCGGAUCUCGUUGAACUUGGACGCACGCUGGUGGCAGUUGUCUGCUCCGGAGUCAAGUCUAUCCUAGACAUUGGCAAGACCUUAGAGUACCUGGAAACUCAGGGAGUACCGGUCAUAAAAAUAGGUGAAACGCCCGAGUUUCCAGCUUUUUACUGCUCCGAAACCUCAGACAAAAUAAAAGCACCGUGCAGAAUCUCCAAUACCAAGGAAGCAGCCGAUAUCGUGAAGACGCAGAAGGUACUGGGAAUUAACACAGGGAUAUUAUUUGCAGUCCCUAUUCCUGAAAAAUAUGCGUUGCAGCCCAGUGUCAUGGACGCCGCUAUAUCCGAGGCUUUAAAAAAAGCCAGUGCUAUGCGCAUAACGGGUAAACAAGUUACACCGUUCCUUUUAAGCGAACUCAACGAGAUCACGCGUGGUCAGUCUCUUGAAGCAAACAUAGCUCUUAUAGAAAAUAAUGCCAGAAUUGCGGCUGAAAUUGCUUUGAAUCUCUCCGAAGAGUCUCGUACAACUCGCGGACCCGUACGAUCGAUAAUAUCAAAGCAAAAGCCGAUAGUGAUUGGCGCGUCAGUCCUGGACACUGUUUUGCAAGUGAAGGAGCCGGAAAUAAACAAUGAUGGUAGAACGUACACCGGGCGAAGCAGAUGCAGCUGCGGCGGGGUCGGUCGAAACGUCGCCGACGCGUUGCUCAAACUCGGCUUGGAAAACACGCGUCUGAUAUCUGUCGUUGGCGAUGACGAGCAUGGAAAGACUAUUCUCGAGAGUUUAGGAGUCGGAGGCGAAAUGGUGAAAUGCAUGUCGGACGUGGAUACCGCGAGGUUCACGGUGAUACUGAACGUUAACGGCGAAUGUCACUUCAACAUCAGCGAGAUGGAAUCCUUCGCUGCGAUCGACUCGAAGUUGAUAAAGGAACAUCAGUCGCAUCUCGAAGAAGCUAGUCUCAUCGUUCUUGACGCAAACCUUGAAUUGGAUACAAUGCGCUACGUGCUCGAUGUUGCGUCGCAAGCGAAUGUUCCAGUCUGGUACGAGCCCACGGAUAUUCAAAAGGCGGCGAGGAUAUUUCAAGUAGGACCACAGUGGGAAAACGUGCUGCACUUCAUCUCGCCGAAUUGGAACGAGCUAAAAGUCAUAAGCGAGCACCUUGGCAUCCCCGUCAUCGCCGAGACGCUGGACCCGGCGGCUGUGAAAAGCGUGGCCGAGCGGUUAAGCAAGCACAUUCCGGUCGUCGUGACCACCUUGGGAGCGCAAGGAGUGCUGGUAACGCGAAAGGCUUCGCAAAACGAGCCCUUCUAUGACGAGAGUGGCAAACUGGUCGUUAGCUCGUCGUCGGUCACGUCUCGAUUGUAUCCUGCCGUCGACGGCGCGGAAAGGACAGGCGAGAUCGUCAGUGUGAGCGGGUGCGGGGAUUGCCUCACCGCCGGAAUAAUUUAUGGGAUUCAUAAGAACUUGGACGAGGUCGGUUGCAUCUCCCUGGCUCUAGAAGCCGCCGCGCUCUCGCUGAGGUCCUACGACGCGGUCCCACGGACGGUCCGAGACGCCCUUCGCCGGAAAUCUCAAUAUAAUUUUCAUACUAUUAAAUGAUACAUUAUUAAUAAUUUUAAUACUUUUUGUAAUCGAAUAUUUUUCUAACCAACUGUAACUGUGAUUAGCGUUCAGACUCUUAAUUUCCGUAAUUUAAGUCUUUGUACAAAUAAAUAAUGCGCUUUUCAUCAUUGUUA